ACACGUUCAACAAAAGACCAUUUUUGUUGAUUCUCCCUUUAUCAUCUCAGCUUUGAAGUUUUGUUUGUCUCUAAUUAUCAGUAAUAAGUAUGUUAAAGAAUAAUGCUAUUCGAGUUGAAGAGCAUGAACCUUAGGUGCUUUGGUGUAGGGAAAAAAAAAAAUGCUUUUGCUAAAAUCAUUUUCUAGUGUUUAGUUGAAAUUGUUGGUAGAUGGAUGAACUUAGUUAGAACUGGUGUUUUUGGUACUUUACUCUCUUUAAAUGAACUUAGAGACCGCAUGCGGUGUUAGAUGCUUGUUUAUAUCAGAGUAAUAGAUAGCUUUUUCUUUAAUAUCACUCAUAUUCACCAAACGAUGACAAAAUAGUACCUAGAAGGUUCCCUUUAAAUGGAUUUGUCCUUCAUUUUGGUCUUUUAGGCAUCUUUAGAAAUUGAAGCCAUGUCUGGACAUAACUUGUGCUAUAUAUGAUACGAAAAUAUAAACUUAUGUCUCGUGAAAAGACCAGCACAAAAUAAGGGCAACAGUGCAAAUGACCCCCAACAAGGUAUUGCAAAAAUAGACGAAAUUUGGUGACCCAACUUCUUAAACAAAGAGUACCCAUCAUUCACAAUGAUUGAUCACACCUACAUCACUAACAACAGUUACAAAAGAUACUCAAUUUAGUAGAUACUGAAAAUUGUGACAGCUAAUCAAGAAGAAAAAGAAAAACAACAGUAUAAUCUCACAAAUGAUAUCUGGAAAAGUAGUAGCGUAUACACAAACCUUUCCACUACCUUGUUGGGUAGAAAGGCUGUUUCCGACAAACUCUCGGCAAGAAGUAAAAAAGAAAGCAAACGCUUCAAACUAAAGAAACUAUCAUUCCUUCAUCUUCACUCAAGAAAAUUCAGAAAGGAAAUUAACACAUGUCACUCAAAUUAUUAAAAGCCUCUCUUUAGGUAGAAAAUAGUGACAUGAGAAAAGUACACAAUGCCCCCUUCUGAAAUUGCUUUCCCUUUUCUUCUUUUCUCACCAAAAACUCGUCUAAAAAAGACUCUUUUACACAAGUACUAUAGAGCUAUGAAAUUUACAAAAAGAAACAUAAUCCCACUUCUUGUUUUCAUCUUAUCAUUUGCUUCCAUACUCAGACUAGUCAAGAUUUGUCUACUUACUUCAUAUUCCUCUCCGAUUUUCUCCGCCUUGUCUAUAGUUGAACACCCCCACAAUCUCCUCGAGGAGAAAGAAAUCAACUUUCUCUAUGAUCUUGUAUCGCGAAAAUCACCCUGCAAUAUUCUUGUUUUCGGGCUUGAAACGCAAUACUCUUAUCAAAUUUCAAACAUCAACAAGGGUGGAAUCACUGUCUUUCUUGAGGACAACGCCGCGAAGAUCAAGGCUAGUAACUCCACGAGUAAUACUAACAACACUCGGAUUCACAGAGUCGAGUAUCAGACAGUUGCUAAAAACGCAUACAAGAUUUUAAAACAUGCUAGACAGAACCAGAAAGACUGCUACAUAUCAGCUACUGAUAGUGCCAAACAUGAUCUGCAUAGUAAUUCAUCAAGGAAGUGCAAAUUUAUUUCACUUGUGACAAAUGUACCUAAGGAAGUGUAUGAAGUGAAGUGGGAUUUGGUGAUUGUGGAUGGACCAGAUGGAGAUAAACCAGAAACACCAGGAAGAAUGGCUGCAAUUUAUAUUGCUGGUGUAGUAGCAAGAAGAAGCAAGAACAAGAAUGGGACUCAUGUGUUGGUACAUGAUGUUGAUAGAAUGAUUGAGAAAUGGUUUUCUUGGGAAUUCUUAUGUGACACUAAUUUGGUUUCUUCUAAAGGGAAAUUCUGGGAUUUUAACAUACUAGCAAAACCAAAUGCCACCACAUUUUGUCCUACAUAAUUGAACAUAUAUAGUUUGCGGUUGUAGAAGAAAUUCUUUUGUUUGCUAUUAGAUCUAGGCAUCUAGCUUAUGUUUAUUUCGUUUCCAUAUAUAUUCUUUUCAUUAUAUUGAGAACUCAUUUUAAUUUAUCUCUUUGUAAAUUUGUCCCUUCUAUACAUGUUUACCUCCAAGGAUGUCUCCAUUCACUAAUCCUUUCAGUCUUAACCUUUGAAUCUCUCCAUUUGAAUGGUAAAAUUGAAUGGUAAAAUAGCAUAUACAAUUCCAAAAUGGAGAAGAUGCUGGAUCUGGUACAAGAAAUUAAUAGUGUCAAAUUGGUGGACUGAAUUUAGACUGGUCAAAACAUACAACAAUAAUUAAUAUAGAGUGUGUAAUAUAACCUAGGGGAGGCUAAGAUGUACGCAGACAUGAUAGGCCCUAUCUUUGUGGGAUAGAGGUUGUUUUCGAUAGACCGUCGGCUCAAAAGAGUGCAAUCAAAGAAGGUAGAAAGAAAAAUAAUGACAAGAAGUUAAACAAAGCAAUUGAAGUACAACCUCCAAACCUAGACCUUCCUAUCAAAGAUAUGUUGAGGAAUGUGCCAUGUCUUGUUUGAUUGAGCUUUUCUUUAGUUUAUCUCUACUUUUCCUUGGUAUGUUGAGGAAUGUGCCAUGUCUUGAUCACAUCUCCUGAGCUUUUCUU